CAAAAUAAUUUUAAAGUGUGUACUUAUACCUACACCUACCAUGAAGUCCUUCUUAUUCUUUUUCGGUUUCACACUAAUCUGUAGAAGAGGGUGGACUUUUAUAUUGGCGGACAAGCGAAUUUUUUAUCAAAAUUGUGAAAUUUUUAAUAACGUAGAUUUGUACGAUGGUCCAGUUUGUGGUAGUGAUGGCAUUACUUAUGCUAACGAUUUAUACCUGGACUGCGUUAACUAUCAGACAUUUCAGAAUGUGAUGUCCAUGCAUUCUGGAUAUUGUUUACCGGUGGAUGGUUACUGCAAGAUAAAUCUGUUUUAUCGGCCGAUCUGUGGAUCGGAUGGGCACACGUACACGAACCUGGAAUCACUUUUAUGCGUUAAUUACAAUCGUUCGCAGAAUGUGAAAGUAGCUUUGAGCGGUCCUUGCAAAGUUAUGGAUCCCUGUUAUAGCUACAGGACCUUAUCGUACGGUUCCAACCCUGUCUGUGCGAAUAAUGGUUUGACCUAUGGAAACGCGACUCAGGUGAACUGUCUCCGGCAGAUUAACGUUGAUCUGAGGAUUCUUCAUAACGGUGGUUGCACGGUUAGGGAGGUUUAUGAUAUUUAUAACAGCGUUGAAAAGAUCUGUGACAUUGCCAAUAGUAGGUUCGAAUGGAAUCCAGUGUGUGCUUCAGAUGGCGUUACCUAUGAUAAUCCUUUUAAGUUUUUGUGCUACAAAGCUCGUGAUUUGAAGACGUUGGUGUCGGAUAACGAGUGCGAGAAGGAGACGCAGCUCUCGUGCGCUCAUCUCAAAUCCUCUGCUAAGACCUUCAGCGCAAAGGACGAGGUUUGCGGAAACGAUGGCGUUACCUACCAAAGUAUCCAUCACUUACAAUGCCACAACAAUCAAAAUAAAUAUUUGUCCCUGAAGCAUUCUGGAGCCUGCGUCGACCCUGACGACAACCCCUGCAGAUCCAUACCCGAGGAAAGUCUCCGAUUUCCGGUGUGUGGAAGCGAUAACUUGUCGUACGUGAGCCCAGAGGCUUUAUGGUGCGCGAAAUUGAGGUUUCCAGAUAAAACAGAUUUGACGCUCGUCUACGACGGACCUUGCUAGCGUUUUCAUGCGAUUAAUCCACGUUUCGUUCAUCUUGCGUCAUCGAGGAUGAAUCACUCGCCUCUGGUGGAUCUUCCUCGAGAAAAUAGCUGGAACCUCCUCCCAUGUACUCGUCCAUCCAAUACUCUUCAUCUUCUCGGUCACCUGUACAGAAAAUAAAUUGGUAUAAAGCGCCGGUACGAAUUGAAACGGAAGAUAUCGCUAUAAUAGCACCUCCGGG